GGCGACGACGGCAAGAACGACAAGAAGAACAAGCGCCAGCGCCGCCAGCGCACGCACUUCACGUCGCAGCAGCUGCAGGAGCUGGAGGCGACGUUCGCGCGCAACCGCUACCCCGACAUGAGCACCCGCGAGGAGAUCGCCAUGUGGACCAACCUCACCGAGGCGCGCGUGCGGGUGUGGUUCAAGAACCGACGCGCGAAAUGGCGCAAGCGAGAGCGCAACGCCAUGAACGCGGCGGCGGCGGCCGCUGCCGACUUCAAGAACGGCUUCGGCACGCAGUUCAACGGCCUGAUGCAGCCCUUCACCGACACCGACUCCCUGUACUCGUCCUACACGACGUACAACAACUGGGCCACCAAGGUGCCGAGCCCGCUGGGCUCCAAGAGCUUCCCCUGGUCGGUGAACCCGCUGGGCACGGUGGUGCCCACCAACCACCACCAGAGCCCCGUCAACUGCUUCAACUCGGCGGCGGCGGCCAGCUCGGUGGCGGCGUCCAUGACGUCGGGCGCCGGCUCCAUGCUGCCCGGCUCCAUGACGACGAGCCUGAGCGGCGUGACGGCGCCGGGCGCGGGCGGCGUGUCGGGCCCCGCCUGCCCCUACGCCGCGCCCUCG